AUGCCCACUGGAGGGAGUGGGGUCGCUUUUUUCUACCGCGUGUACAAAUUGAACGGCCCGUCGCUGCUUACGGGCGCGAACCGCGUGCCUGCGGGGCUGGUGCCGCUGGCGGAGGCCGACGUCCGCCGGUUGAUGGCCACGCAGAGCUCGACCUUCACGGACCCUUUUUCCGGCAAUAUCUGCACCGCGACGAACCCAUUGCGCCGCCCGUACAAUGACGUUGUGCCGGUAGACUUAUUUUCGUCGAAGCAGUACUGUGCGGUAACUGGGGCAGCUGCGUCCACAAAUACGUUAGGGAAAACUGUCCCCACUACCGCGGUUUUCCCCAAAGAGAAAAUUUUUUUUUCGAUCCAAGGGCGACCAGAAUGAGCCCUGCAUAGCCGACCUACUCCGCGAACAGCCGAGACGCGAAGCCAGGUCCUCCCGGUGGGCUGCUUUAUGGAAUGAAAGAAAUUAAUUAGCUAGUGGCGCGCAUUAACUAUAUUUGCAGAUCUUGCAUCAAUAUUUAUUUCAUUUGAGAAAGGCCUUCACGCUCCGGCUUCCGGGCCCAGCUUGUCGACCAUCCCCUCGGGCAGACCAGCAUGGCGACGGUCUCCGGGUCCGAUCUCCAUGAACCUCGUGUAGAACUGUUACCGCGGACGAGGUAACAGAGCAGCAGUAUCUUCUCCAGCAACGUGUCCGCGAUCAAGCAGGCCCAGGUGAUGCAGUUAAGCUUCGCCGCCGUACCGCAAACCCGGAAAAAGCCGACAUAACUACAAACAUGAAUGCAAAUUAAUCUGUCAAAAAAUAAUGCUUUAGUUUUUGUGCGCCACUAGCACUAGCUAAUUAACUUUUUUUAACUUGCAUAUCAACCUCGGGGAUUAUCCUCCUAGGAGAGCCGCAGGUGGAUGCCGUCCGGGCAGGUUGCGAAGCCGGGCAUCGUGGGGCUGCGCCAGUGCGUGAAAAUUUUUUCUCUUUGGGGAAAACCGGGGUAGUGGGGACAGUUUUCCCUAACGUAACAAAUAAACCAUGGUGGCAGGUGGAAUUUUCGGACGGCAGACCGCGGCUCUUGGCGGGAUUCCUCUGGUUCCGCCACUUCACAAACCUUGACGCCGAGUUCUCGGAGACCGCGGACGCCAUGAAGAACGC